GAGAGACGCAGGACUUAUUUACCUGGUUUAUGGCUUAUUUAUCUGGUUUAGGGCUCACUUACCUGCUAUGGAUCUUAUUUACUUGGCAUAUGGUUUAUUCACCUCUUGUAGGCCUCACUUACAAGCCGGGGUUCAUUUGUCUGGUGUCAAUUGCGAGAGUUGCCUGCUGGGAAUUGACAGGACCUGAGUGAGGGAAAAAGUGGCCUGAAAGGAUGAGGGAAAAGCUGAAUAUAUCUAAAUGUGCUGUUUUAGGGCAGAGAAGGGUGGUGGCGUUUGUGGCUACCCCCUUCUCUGUGACCGCUUUUCUUUCUGUCUCUGUAGUAAGAAAAGAAGCUGUAGGUUUAAGCUGCAGCAGGGAGCACUGUGCUUAGGUGCUAAGAUAAUGAAACCCCACCACGCAUCUUCCAAGAAAAUGGGGAAACCAGCUGGUGGGAAAUCAGCAAAAAAUCCUUUUAAAUCACAAAAUCAACAAGGACUUUCCAGCACAAAAAAGAAAGCAGAUGAACAAGGAAGAAAACAAGGUCAAAAAAGACAGCAGGUCCCUCAGACAGUCAGAAAGGAAGUUAAGGAACUGAAGGACUAUUCCCCUCCAGGAGAAGAUGGUUCUUCAAAAAGGGUGAAGGUGUCCAGUGCUGCAGUUGGAUCUUGGCAGCCUCUUUCAGAGAACAGUAGGCUGUUUCUGGAAAAUGUUGUGGAAUCAGUGUUACUAUCAGUUUUAUCCCAACAGAGGGAGAGAAAAGAUGAUGUUCAGAAGCACCUCAAUGUACUGAAACAAAGGGUGCUGAAAAGUUUCAAGACUUUAAAGGUGCCUCCAGGAAAGCUUGGCAACCUGAAGAAUAUCCUGAGCCUUCAAACAGCAGAGAAACAAAUGCUUGAGACAAAUGAGGAAUCUUUGGUACAGCUGCAGGAAGAAAUAACCAACGCAGAGCGAUCAGCGGAGCGCAUUGAGGAAAGCAUACAGCAACUGCAGUACAAAAUCCAGGUGCUCAAGAACCAGUUAGAGGAAGAUGAAAAAGAUGCCAGGAAGGUAUUCCAGGAAAAUGGCAGUGGAACGCUCCACCUCCCAGAACUCCCCAAGUGCAGUUUGCAGGCACCCAUUUUGCAGGAGGAAAUUUUGAAGGUGAAGAAUCAGAAGGGCCUUUUAAAGGAUAUGAAUGCUAUUCAACAGUCAGCUGACUUGAAGAACUUGCUAACCCUCAUUGAAAAGACAUAUGAGAAGUUAGAUUUGCUUUGAGAARCCAGAAUAUGUGGAGUCUCCAUGCUGAGCUUGGAAACUGCUUUUUGUCUAUUGGCCUUCCUGUAGUGCCUGCAGAAUUUCUGUUAAAAUAUUUUCUAUUAAUAUUAGUGUAUAAAUCUGUAGGUGCAUUCUGGGACUCAAGCUGUUUCAGUCAUCUAUCAAGAUUUUUGGGGUUUUUUUUGACCUGUGAUGACUCCUAWUGAUGAUAAAUCCUAUUUUAAGGGAGGGAAAUGGAUCCUGGGUUAUUUGGGUGUUUCUACCGAAUACAUCAUUGUAUUUGCACUUCUGUAUCUAUAUCUGUAAAUCACUGAAGCAAUAUGUCUUACCAAAGUAGCUUUUUUUUUGGGUGUUUAAUCCUCUUUAAACCUGAAACAGUAAAAAUAAGCUUAUCUAAUACUCAGUUUUAAUCCCCUGUUCAGCUUUCAUACUAUUUCUUAAUAAAAAAAAACCCUCAAUUGCAGGAAAUUGAAUAACUUUUAUCAAAUGUACAGGAUUUUUUUUUUUUUACAUUUUCAUUACUUAGUA